AUGAAGGUCACAGCUUUUCUUUUCAUGCUUGCAACCAUACAAUUAUGUUAUUCCGGAAACGUUGGAACAGAGUCUAUAUGCUCAGAAAACGACACAAAUGGUCAACAAGAAGCAACAAACAUAAUUUAUGCACCAGAACAAGAUUAUAUUCCAUCUCAGAGGAUAUCAAUAACUAUGAACAUUGCAGAUCUAAACCUUGACUGGUUUGAAAUGGAGGGGAGCAUGAGGGCUGGACUGAUAUGUGCAAGGUACGACUACUAUGCAACAAAGGUAGUAUAUGGUGAUGAUAUCCUUUGGACGUCCGAAGAUGGCUGGGAAUGUACACAUGUAUUUGUAAAUUCAAACUCGAUAAAGAUGCUAAUUGUUAUGGGAUUUAGGAGGGGAAUACAAACAGAUUACAAAGCCCUAUUCAGACAAAAUGGACAACCUUGGGAACGGGUUUCUAUGAUGGAUGCCGGCCGUCUGGUCUUUGAUAUCGAGGAUACAUGA